AUGUCUCCUAGUAACAUCGCUCACGGCAAUCCCAAGGAAGGACAUGACGCCCAUCCUCAGCCGGACCACAUAAUCCCUCCUGGGGAUGACCACGUUGUCCAUCCUGAGCAUCCCGACAGCGCCCACAUCGACGUGCUCAAGAAUGUGAUUGGCGAGCAUGUUCCAAAUAGCAACAAGGUCGUCGUUCGAGGUGUGACCCAGCACAAUACCAUUCCGUUCAACGUGAUCCUAUACAAUUACCUUGAUAUAAGCGGUAGCAUCAAUGGCCAGGACCUGGACGUCGACAUCGUCGUUAACCUCAUUAUUCCUAUCAUCGGUAAGCGUGAAAUCGGCAAGAUUCACGGAAACGUCCGAGACGGCCUCACCCUGAAUGUCAAUGUCCACCGCAUCGCCACUGGGAAGAUUACUUUCAAGCUGGAGCACAAGAACCAGUUGUGGGCAGACGUUGCGCUGAAGACCGAAGUUGGAAACUGGAACAAGAGCGAACACUUAAUUGACGGUAUGGUCACCUGUUUGGAUGAAUAUUUGGUUUACUGA